ACUGGUACCUCUCCCCUCACUGCUGCCACAAGCCACUCCACUCCACCACCCUCGCCACCUCCCGCCCUCGCCUGCUCUGCACAGCUCAUUCUCCGCGCGAGCCCGCUGUACACAUGCCGCCGCUAGCUCCAUCUGGGGGGGCUAACGCGCUAACCAGUGCCCGAUCCUGCGCUUCCGCCCUCUGCUCGUCGUGCGCGCGCUGGUUUCCGCGGAGCCACGAGCGGCCUUCCCCCGGCCUUCCGCGGAAACCCCUUGCGGCGAAUUCAAGAACGAAUCUAGCGCACCGCCGCUGCCCGCCACUGCAAGAGCGCGUAGGGAGAGGGUUAAAGUCCGCAGGGCACGGCGAGGGGAGAAGACUAGCAGCGGGAGAAAGCGCGGUCGGGGGAAGAGAGGGCGGGGAAUAUGGCGGGAGAAGGGGCGAUUUACUGAGGAGCCGCGCAAGCCGGGGGGAUGCUGUGAGCAGCGGAGGCGGGGGACGAGGCGGGGGGCGAGGCGGAGGCGAAGGCGGAGGGGGAGGGGGAGGGGGAGCAGGGCGCGGGGGAUACCGGUCGCUGGGCGAGCUGGCUAACGCCGUGGAAGCUUGCUUCUUCGAGCUCUGCGUGCACAACAGCGGGCGGCCUGCAGCGAGCGCCCUGCGCGACCUCGUGGCUGCGGCUGCUGAGGCUUUUCUAGCCGGCCACUCCAUGCAGCGCCUGCUGCUGCAGAUGCAGUAUGGCGGGGGAGCAGAGGCGGAGGAGUUCAAGAUGAGCGCAGCUGGGUACCGAUUGACGUCCUCCGAGGAGGGCUACCGCACCCAGUGGAUCAAAACGGUCUACCUGACCAUGUUCCGCCUUCACCUUCAACAGCCAGGCGCCUCAUUCAUCCACAUGCCCCCAUCGCAGCGAGAUGGGGGGAGCAGCAGCAGCGGCGGCAGUGAGAUGGGUGUGAGGCCUCCGUCACUCGGUGCCUUUGAGGGCGCCAUGCCUGCACUAGAGCAACCCCCAGCUGACACCCCGGGUAACAGCGGGAAGAGUGAUCAACACAAUGACAGCAGCAACAACAACACCAGCAGCAGCAGCAGCAGUGAAACCAGCAGUGAAACUAUCAGCAGCAGGAGCAGCAUGGGUGCGUUGGAGGGUCUAGCAGAAGCACUAUACGAGGAGCCAUGGCUGGGGAGCAUAGUGGACAGGGUCCUGGAGGGGCAGCGCACAGGCGAGGAGCAGAGCUUGGUGCACUUCGACCGCGCGCUGGCCACGGGCGGGGCGUCGGGGGGCGUGGCCGCAGAAGCACGCGUGAUCGCACCACAGUGGCUGCCCAUCAGCCAGCUCGUGCUGCUCACGUGUAAAGUGGUCAAUGAGCGGGGCGGCGCGGCGUGAGAGGGGGGAGGGGUGGAGUGACAGGGGUAGAGUGAGGGUGGGUGGCAUGCUGCUGGUGUGAGGGUGGGGCGAAGAGGGCAGGAGGGUGGGGUUGGAAGAGAGAUGGGGGGAGGGGAUGUGUGGUGUGGAGUUUUUCUACCACUUUGGGGGCUGCACUGCAAGCAUGUGGAGGAGGAGCACAAGCAACUGCUGUUCUUUGUUGCGCAUGCCACCGCCACUUUUAGCCAGAUUGUCCGUCCAACCUGUUUGGCGCAAAACGUGUUUUGGCAACACCUGUUUUGUUCGUGUGAGAUGUUAUGAAUGAACAAGCAGAGUAGCGCGGAAAUGAAUAACGAGAUGUUCA